AUGUCUUCAUCAGCAAUAAUAUUCUAUGUUCAACGAAAUGCAUUUCGAUUUGGUGGACCAUUAUUAAUAACUAUUGGCAGUAUUGGUUGUAUACUAAAUUUGAUGGUAUUUACAAAUGAUACUUUACGAAAAAAUCCCUGUACAAUCUGCUUUCGGGCGGUGAAUAUUGUUGAUUUUAUAUAUUUUUAUUUGGGUCUUCUUUUAACAACACUUGCAGUUGGUUAUGAUAUUGAUCCAAGUGCAACGAGUAUUGUUUUUUGUCGAUUUCGUUAUUAUAUAGCAUUGGUUCUCGCAUGUUGGGAAGCAUCUUAUAUCAUUUUAGCAGCAAUUGAUCGCACAUUAGUUACUUCAUGUAAUGCUGGAACACGAAAACUCAGUACACGUCGCUUGAUCCGUAUAAGUGUAAUUAGUAUAACUAUAUUUUGGCUGUUGUUCCAUAUUCAUGCAUUAAUCUUCACGCAGAUUCUGCAAUAUGGACCAAAUUUUUUUGUUUGUUACUAUCAACCAGGAACAUAUACUGAAUUCAUGACUUUCUCUUCACUUCUACUCAAUGGAACUCUUCCACCUCUGUUCAUGGGAAUAUUUGGACUUUGGACAGUGAGAAAUAUUCGUAAAGUAAAUCGUGGAAUACGUCCUGCUAGUUUAACAAAUACUGGAAAUAUGACAAUUGGUAGACCACGUAUUUUUCGAUCCAAAGAUCAACAACUUAUUCGAAUGUUAUUUAUGAAUAUUAUUUCUUAUAUCAUUUUUAAAUGUCCAGUUACAAUCUUUCUUAUAUAUAUACAGAUUACACAAAACAAUGGAAAAAGUACGGAACAAAAUAUAAUUGAACAAUCAGUUAUACAGUUAACAUACUUUUGGUAUUUUAUCGACAACAGUAUUAGUUGUUAUACAAAUUUAAUCGUAUCAAAAACUUUUCGUACAGAACUAAAACGUAUUCUGUUGAAUGUUUGUUCUCUGUAG